ACGACCGCCUCGCGGAUUCUCAUCGCACGGCAGGGGAUAGCGAGAGCCACCACGGGGGCGGGGGUGGGCUUGCCCCUGCUUCUUCUCGUUGUUGCUCUUCUCGACGAUUUGACGCGCGCGACGACGGCCGCGUCGGUGGUACCGCAGCCGCUGGAUAGCGUCCACCCAGCCGAUGCUACUACGCCCGUUCAUCUGCCGCCGUCGCUAUCAUCCGAUUAUCCGUUCGCGCCGCGCCCAUUCCGGAGGGCGAUCGAGUGCGCGUCCAGCCCUAACGAGGUCGGUUCCGAAGGUCACGCGAAUCGGGGAACUCUGGAUCAUCUUACAUUGGCGACGCGCCUUUCACCUUCGUCCGCGCCGCCAUUAACGUCGCCCCUGUCAUUAACGUCGCCGCUAUUGUCGUCGCCGCCGCCUCCGACGUUAUCAAGACCGCCGUCGUCUUUAACGUCGCUGAAUACCAUCGUCGUCAGGCAUCAAGAUCUUUACAUUUUGACGCCGAGUCGUGACAACGAGAACGAAGAGGUAGCAGCGCGACGAGGAAGAGCGAAGCGAGUACCGAUAAGCAAGAGAUCGAAGCUGAAAGAUCAACCCUUCCCGAACUUUAUCAACCCUUGGCCGGAGGCAUGGCGACGCGUUAACCAACACCCUCCGCAAUCUCGCAGAGUGGAAUCCGCGUCAUCGAUUGACGAAGGGAUUCGCUCUGCAGUCCAGACUUUCACUCCGCCAUUAGAGCCCGUCUUCAAGUUCGGAGAAUCGAUAUUGCGUCCGGAGAGCUCCUUGAGAGAUAUUCUACUUCGCGAAAGUGCUUCGAGGACAACGGCGACGACGACGACGACGGCGGUGGCGACGACGAGAACGAUCACGCGGAACAUCGCGUACCCCGAUGCGACUCAAAGAGGUCAUGGAAGCACCAUAUCCGAAAGAAAUGACAUCGAGAGAGUGACUCAAGACCGAGUGGAAGGUGAUAAGAGCGGAAAGAGGUUGGCGCUCGUGGGGAACGAGGAUAAUGGUGCAGUCGUAGGUGGUGGUGGUAGUGUCAUCGAGUGGACCACGACAACAGUCGCCGGGCCGAUGUCAUCGUCGCGGUCGACGUUCUCCGGAGACGAUGUGCAGGUGGCCGAGCGUGUAAGAGUGCGCGCGAGUUCUCAACGAAACUCAUCGAAGGGCGAGGAAGACGACGACGAGGAGCAGGUCAAGGUCACCAUCGCGCACAAUACCGAAGAUUCGUUUGCAUCGUCAACGACGACGACGACGACGACGACGACGACGACGACGCAACGUCCACCACUGACUCAAGACACCUCUAUGGAAGCACUGGGUGCAAGCGGCUACAUCGUCUCGGCGGCGCUCGUGCUGAUAGUCGGAGCACUGGUGGGUGUCCUGGCGACGAUAUCGCGUCAUCUUCAUCAUCGUCGGCUGUUGGUGCACGAGCCGGUUCCUCCCGGCUCAGCUUCCUCCGCUUCUGCCGCGAUUCUCCACCAUCGGCACCAGCAUCAUCGUCACCGUCAUCGUCGUGAGGAGCCACCGCCGCCGCCAUUACAGCGCUGUCUUCUACUGCAGGAUCAUUAUCGUUAUCCUGAUAUAUCCAUGCUGUCGGUGAGCCAAGGAAUGGAGGUCGGCAGCAGCGGACGUGGUGCAUCGGCGGAAGAUGACCCGACCGCCGGUGCGGUCGGCGGUGGAGUCGGUGGCGGCGGCGGCGGCGGCGGCGGCGGCGAUGGCGAUGAUGCCAGAAGGCGUCGAGAUAUACAGGCGGUGAUGAUCGCCGCGGCGAGGGACCGCGCGAUCCGCGCGGAAAGCGUCCGGCAUGAUCUCGCUCUCAAUCUGCCGCCGCGGCUCGAGCUCCCGGACGGCGAGGAGCAUCCGUACGGAGCGCAUCCGGAUCUUCACCUCCGCAAUCAGGAACAGGAGAGCGAGAUUUAUCAGAAGUGCGUGCGGGCGCCGCCAAAUCGCACGGUGUUUGACAGCGAGAGUCCGCCGCCUUACCGGACGCCCAGUAGCAGCCAGCACCUCCACCCGGGAUUGCUCGACAUGCCCGGCGAUCGGGUGACGCGGAGUCAGAGCCCUAGCAGCAGCAAUUUGCUAUUGAACACCGCACGCUCGAUGUUCAAGAUGUUCCCGAGCCAUACGACGCCGUCGUCGACGUCGAUGCCGGUCAGCAAACCGCCCUUUUCCAGUUAUUCCGAGUCCAGUAGUAACGUGAGCAGUAAUCUGAGCAGUAGCAAUCUGUCCAACAUCACCGUGGUGCCCUGCGAAACCGAUGAAAGCCGGCAAGAGCAGCAGCAGCAGCAGCAGCAGCAGCAGCAACAGCAACCCCAGCAACAGCAAUUCCAUCAGAAGGUCUGAUCCGCGGCGUCCUUCUUCCUUGACGCCGUUGUCGUCAUUGUCGCGGCUGCAUCGUCCGGCCUCGAGAACGAGCGAUGGUUCUCGAGAUUGUUCUGCGCGACUGCAACGACAACGACGAUAUCCUUCAAGACUGACUUACGGGAGAUGUUUCAACAUGGGAUAAAUCCUAUCGGUCAUGUUCCAUCGUGUUCAGCAACGUGUAUUGCAAAUACGCGAGAGAGGAUACUAUCCUCCUGGCCGAUGAUAUCCUCGUUGGAUCGUUCUUCCAGCGUUCUUCUAUAAUGAGAGAAAGAGAGAGAGAGA